AUGGCUACGAAAGCUAUCAAAGCGCUACCGCACGAGAAGCGCAAGGGCGAAUCCGCCCUAAGCGACUUUGCCGAGUAUGUCGAGCAGCAACAGAGCAUACGAUUCCCUGCGCCCCCCGGCGCUGCCCAGUCGAUCGAUCAUCAGCACCACGAAGAGCUUGACGAACUGUUCGACACCCUAGACCUCGCAGACACCGCCACGAGAGUACAAUUGAAAACGCUCUUCCUCGGCACCGACGAUGAGUCAAUACGGAAGCUACAAAAUAUCAUACUCGAGCGAAUAGAGGAAGGCCUGGGAGAGGCCAUCCUUGAACUGGGCUACGAGAACAAUGGCGAACCGAUGAACCUGACGCUAAACGAAUGGAACACUGCUUAUGCUAGACUAGAGCUUGCUGCAAAGAAUGUCGAUACCGUCUGCCAGCUGCUGCUGACAAAGAAUGUUGGUGGUACGGCCGAGGCGGCUCCCGGUUGCGCCUCAGCCGCGUCGACCAAGGACAAGAGCUGCACCGGGAAAGUGCUUCUCCGCCGAGCGCCCAGGACGGUUGAGGAAGGUAUAGAGACGCGAAUAGCUGUCGUGGGAAAUGUUGACGCUGGUAAAAGUUCGCUCUUGGGUGUUCUUGUCAAGGGCGAUCUUGACGAUGGACGCGGCAAGGCUCGUGUAAAUCUCUUUCGACACAAGCAUGAGAUUGAAACCGGCCGAACCAGCUCUGUCGGCAUGGAAAUCCUAGGCUUUGACGCCGCUGGUCAAAUUGUCACCUCUGACAUUCCUGGGCGGAAACUAUCUUGGGAAGAAAUCGGAAAGCGCAGCGCCAAGGUCAUUACCUUUACUGAUCUCGCCGGCCACGAAAAGUACUUACGCACUACCGUGUUCGGCAUGCUCUCUACCAGCCCCAACUACUGUGUCCUCAUGGUUGCUGCGAAUCAUGGCCUGACUGCCAUGAGUAAAGAGCAUCUUGGCAUAGCACUGGCCCUGAAUGUCCCGGUCAUGGUUGUCGUCACCAAAAUCGAUAUCUGCCCGCCCCAUGUCCUGGAGGAAAGCAUCAAGCAGAUUAGCAAAAUCAUGAAGAGCCCCGGAGCGCGAAAAGUUCCCACCUUUAUCAAGAACCGAGAGGACUGUAUCAACACCGCAACGCAGUUUGUCAGUCAUCGAAUAUGUCCCAUUUUCCAGGUAUCCAACGUGACUGGUCAGAACCUCGACCUGGUGCGCCUCUUUCUGAACAUCCUCCCGCAUCACGGACGGUAUAAUUCAGAGGGCCCUUUUGAAUUCCAAGUGAACGACACGUUCUCUGUCCCGUUUACCGGCACUGUGGUGUCUGGUAUUGUCAAGUCGGGCGUUAUUCAUGAGGGUGAUAGUGUUCUCAUUGGCCCAGAUUCUCUCGGCCAGUUCAUCCCAACUGCGAUUCGUUCGAUUGAACGCAAAAGGCUCCGGGUGCCCGCAGCAUCUGCCGGGCAGUCUGUCUCUUUUGCUUUGAAGAAGGUAAAGAGAAAGGAUGUACGAAAAGGAAUGGUAGUCCUUCCGAAACCCGAGGGCGAGGUACUACCUGUCGUGCACAGAGACUUUGUUGCUGAAGUUCUCAUUCUCUCGCAUGCAACUACCAUCAAGAAGAAGUAUCAAGCAAUGCUGCACGUGGGGCCUGUUUCGCAAACUUGUGCCAUCAUCGACAUUGAUAGAGAGCUCAUCCGCACGGGCGAUCGUGCGACCGUCGCAUUCCGCUUCGUGCAACGGCCCGAGUACCUAGCGCCAGGAGACAGGUUGCUCUUCCGUGAGGGGCGAACAAAGGGCCUCGGCAUCGUGAAAUCUGUGGGCUACGAUCCAAAGCACCCUCUCAGCGGAGAGACGCGAACAACCAACGGGGAUGCUGGGCAGCCGGCUGGGAAGUAA